ACAUUUUACAGAAUCUGCAGGAACAAAUCGACUGAAGAAUUCCAAUCGAUACCAUAUUUGGUCGCUCUAUUCAGCUCCAUGCUCUGGCUUUACUACGCAUUCCUCAAAGGACACUCCUUCCUUCUCAUCACCAUUAACUCCUUUGGAUGUGUCAUAGAGAUGGUGUACAUUGCCAUCUACAUUGCUUAUGCGCUAAGAGCUGCUAGGAACUCCACGAUCAAGCUCUUUGCUCUGAUGAACAUGGGAUUGUUCUCUCUCCUAAUUCUCAUCACGCAUUUCAUUCCGAACAAUGAUGCACGCGCCACGGUGUUCGGAUGGAUCUGCACGACAAUUUCCGUGAGCGUCUUCGCAGCGCCGUUAAGCAUUGUGGCACGAGUUGUGCGAACGAAGAGCGUGGAGUUCAUGCCCUUCUCUCUGUCGUUCUUUCUAACUUUGAGCGCCAUCAUGUGGUUCGGCUACGGUUUCUUCCAAAAGGACUGGUGCAUUAUGAUACCGAACAUCGUGGGCUUUGUCUUGGGACUGUCUCAGAUGGUCGUGUACGGAUACUACAGAAACAAUGAGGUCAUGGACGAGAAGCUCCCACAACAUGUCGCCACCACCGUCGUUCACCCCCGCCAGGAGGAGUCUCCGAAGUCCGCCCUGUCACCCGUGAAAUCUCGCCCCCAUCGACCGCGGUGA